CAGGCUUGAAGCUCCCAAAGCGAUUUCGCUGAAGGAGGCCGUCGGAGCCAUGGCUCAAGUAGCCUUAACCGACAUAGAGCUCGACGGCAGCCCCCAAAAGGCCAACCUCUGCGUCACUCCGGAGAUGGUCGCACUGGUUUCCAAAACCCAGGCUACUGAUGCCGUCAGCGUGCUGCUGCUGCCAAAACCGUUGAUGACGAGCUUUAAGUGCUACGAAAGCCGGAAUCUGCAGUUCAAUCUGGAAAUCCUCCACCGCCAAUUGCAGCUGAACAAUCUGCAUGAGCUCAUUCUUUAUGGUGAGGUAGAAAGUAAGGAUAUGCUUGGCUAUGAAGAUCCUGAUGAACCGGGUGAUCAUGUGAUUUUCUAUGAGCUUGUGAAUGGUCCUGACAGGUUGAUUCACUCCUUUAAAAUGCCACUGCUUUCAUGGAAUCGGGAUGCGAUGGACCUAAGAUUCUUAGCAAAUCAAUAUCCAGUGCGCCUUGGCUUGUCUUCAGCGAGAUUUUGUGAGCUUAUCACUAAUAUGGAUUCUUUUGGGUGUACAGUUCAUGCCACACUGUUCGAAAAUCAAGUUCUUUUCCGUGUAGUGAAUUACGAGCGUGUCUUCCUAACAGAGCCCUCAAGAUGCGAAACUGAGAGUGAUCAUGGAUUUCCGUGUGCGUUGAAGUUUGAUAUCCAGCACAUAAAGGCGCUUCUCAAUGCCGCUACUUUGUCAGAGAUGAUAUGGAUAUGGUCCUCGGAUAAGUUCACCUUGCUCAGUUUCCCAAUUGAUGGCUUGGGUAAACUUUUCUUUGGCCAUUAUAAGUUUACAACUAUAUAGAAACCAAUUAGUUGAUUUGUAUUGAGGAGUCUGUUGCACUUAGCAGUCUUGGUGUGAGUGGAUAUUGCAAUUCUGCAGGUAAAUGUUGAGAAAUUACGUAUGUAAAGUCUACUGAGCUCCCAUUCACAGUUAGAAAUGAGCUUAGUAUGAGUUUGAUAGAUUUGGAUACAUGAUGAAGAAUGCAGUUUUACAUGAGGAAGAAA